GCCCCACUGGCCAUGAAAACCCGAGCUCAACCGGUUACAUCCUUCGAUGCCUCGCGUUGUAAACCCAGUCAAUCAAUAAUAUCACUUAUCCUCCUCUGCCGUGAAAUCCGGCUCGGCCGGCUUCUGCAGCAGCAUUGCCGGCAUCCUCUCCUGCCCCACCGCCGCCCUCACCUUCCUCCCUCCACUCCUCUUCAGCCCCCUCAGCGCAUUCGCCGCAAACCUCGACGCAUAUAUCGCCGCCCCAAAACUCAUCGGCCCCCCUCCACUCGACCCGUCCCUCGCCAGCGCAUCCCUCAGCCUCCCUUCCUCCUCCCUCAGCAACGCCUCCUCCGCCUUCCGCCGCCAGUACCUCCUCCACGCCGCCUGUAUGAAGCACGCCGCCCAAGUCCUCCACUGCUGCGAAAUCUGAACGUGUGCCGAAGCUGCUUGCUGUGCAGCCUCCGGAACUGCGAGGCCACGAACUUCAGGUCGUGGGCCAUCAGGGCAAAGGCCUCCACUUCUGAAAGUGCCUGGACUGUUCGGGUAGAUGUCGGAAGGUUGGUGGAGGAGUUUGGGUCGAGGGCCCACGUCAAGAGCUCCUCCCCGCAGAAGUCGCCGGGCCUGAGAUGGUCCGAGUUGAAGAAGCCCGUUCGCCCACCGUUGGUCGUCACUGUCAGCAAACGGCCACGCAUCACGAAAAGCAUCUCGUCUACUGGGUCGCCUUCUCGAACGAUCUGCCUUCCGUGUACAAAACGGGCCUUAACCGGUCGCAGAGCGCGUCCAGCAGCUGCUCGUCCAUCUUCUCAAACAUCGGCACCUGAAAAUGAAGAUAAAAAUUGGAUCUUGAUUUGGGUUUUUUUGAUAUUGGGUUUGGGGAGAGGAGGAGAAAAAAGAAACUAA